AUGUUUUUGCACCUUGCCAGCAUUUUCACCUCCGACAUGUUUGGAUACAUUGUCAGAGACGGAGGAAUUAACCGGCCAAAGCCCCCCGUAGGCCGGGCAUUGGCCAUUCCCGUCAUCGAAGAUAACCUUCGGCAUCCGGCGCGCAUCCCCUCGGCCGCCGAAGUGGAGUCCUUCAACCGGCUUCGGCCCGACCGGACCCAGCCCGGGCUUGUCGCCACCGGGCAGAACAAUUGCACUGGAGCGGGAGGUUAA